AAAUUCUCUAAUAUGUUAUAUAAUAAAACGGAUUCAACUACUUUAAAUACCUCUUACUCUUCCGAUGAAAUGGCUACCACAAAUUCUUCAUCCUCAGCUUCUACCACAUCUUCAAUGAGUUUAAAAGAACGUCGCAUGUUGCGUACCCCCAAAUGUGCCAGAUGCCGCAAUCACGGUGUUAUAUCCUGUGUCAAGGGCCACAAGAAGCUUUGCCGUUGGCGCGAAUGUACUUGUCCCAAUUGCCAACUGGUGGUCGAUCGUCAACGUGUUAUGGCCGCCCAGGUGGCUCUCAGACGUCAGCAGACCAUGGAGGAGCCCUAUGAGACAAAUUCAGAUGAUUCUUCGUCUGUGCAAAAUUGCGGAUCUCCGCCAACAUCUGCGGUAUUGCAGCGCACUCAGCAGGUUUUAAUAGCCCAGAAAAAGAUCUAUAAACAGCGUCUGAGGCAUGUGCAACAAUCGACUUUGUAUGCCACGGCAGCCAUGGAAAAAUAUAAUCAACAUUAUUCGGGCUGGAAUUCGCCUUUGGUAGAACGUAUACGUAAACGUAGAGCCUUUGCCGAUCCCGAACUUAAUCAAGUCAGUGAUGUGACUUUGCUAAAUGUAGCUGCCGUGGGACACAUGACACAACCUGGAUUUUACGAAUAUGAUACUAUACCUGCCUUGCAAAAUUCCUACCCAGCUUAUGCUUAUGCCCCUAAUUCGUUAACAAAUUACAAUUUUGAAUUGCCCAUUUCCACCAGUAAUGCAAGCCAAACAGCUUUAGCAGCAGCAACAAAAACAAAAGAGGAAACACACACACCAAUUACAAAAAAACCGAAAUUAAGUUUUUCCAUAGAAGCCAUAAUGGGAUUUAAGUGA